UAAUUUUACAUUCAGUUACUAAAAACUUUGAAUUACUGGGAGGUUAAGUUCGAAUUUUGUUAAUUAUAUAAUUUACUGAUGAUUAUUUAAUAAAUAAUAACUGAAAUAAUGAAUUCUGUUCCGAUACCUAAAGACACUCAGGACUUUCAAUUCAAACAGUCAGCAGUACGUCAAGUAUAUGAAAGUAUAAAACAGAUACCAAGUGCGUGCAAUUUAAUUGUCGCUGACGCUAAGCGCGGAUUGCUGUACACCGCAACUGAUGAUAAAUUAACAGUACAAAAAUCCGACUCAAGCAGCAAUGAUUGGAGACUCGAUUAUAAGCUUCCAUACCCGGUGUCACGUCUGUCAAUGAGCUGCGAUUAUUCUUAUUUGGCAGUGACGUUUAACAGAUCGACGGCACACAUCUAUAGUGCCAGUUCACUGUCUAAAAAUUCUCUCGAACUCCUUCAUGAGAUCCAGUUGUCUCAUUCAAAUCAGAACGUAUUUGCCUAUGACUUAAAAUGGAACCCGGCGAUACCGGGAAUGUUUUGCACAGUGGCCAGUGACCACUCAAUCGGUAGUUUCCAUGUGAAAAUAGAGCAGAAGACAACAGUUGGUGUUGUAGCACUAGAAAGAAUUCAAAAUAUCGAAGCUACGUGUGUUGCUUGGAGUCCAAAGGGUAAGCAAUUAGUCGUAGGAUGUAAAAAUGGUAACAUAAUUCAGUUGAAACCAGAGUUGAAAGUUAUGAGAGCUAUUUCUGGACCUUCUCCAAGCAUAGGAGAAAUUAUAACAAUUCUUUGGAUAAGUAAUUAUCAGUUUUGCGCUGCUUAUUAUGAUGGAAACGAACGUCGGGUUAAUGUACUGAUUGUUGAUGCACCAAAAGGUGCUGACGCCAAACCCACGUUUACUUGUUAUGAAGACAUAACAUUCGGAAUGCCAGAUAACGAUGCUGAAUACUUUCCGAGAUAUUAUUUUGACUAUGUACCUGAAUGGAAUCUGAUAAUAGCAGCUAGCAGUAGUAGUAGUGAAGUAGCAAUUCUAGGAUCACUUGAUAAUGGCACCACCUGGGAGCAGUGGCAAUUAAUUGACAGCGGAAGAGCGCAACUUCCAUUUGUCCGUACAUCUGAAUCGUAUCCAGUUGGUAUGACAAUUGACAGAUCGUCAACAGUCAUUUUACCAUGGGGUCCAGAGAGUACUUUACCACAUCCAGUUCCAGUCUUACAUUUAUUCGGUACCUCGGGACAAAUAGUCAGCUUUCAUAUGGUAAAUUUAUUGCCAAACUGUCCAGCUCUGUGUACACCGCCCUCGGAACCGGUACAAACUGACCAAAUUAAUACCACAAUAACAUCAGAGAUGACUUUUGUUCCCCACUCAGUAGCAACGAGCACUCCAAGACCAAAGCAAACUGAGUCGCUUAUAGAGAGACCUAAAGUAGCGAUACCUCCUCCGAAUUUUUUUAGUGAACCUGCAAAGUCUGUCGCAGCUCCAAUAGCGGCACCGGUUAAUCCACAGAUGUCUGCACCACCAAUGGAAUUAAAAAUUCCAAAGCCAAAACCAGUUGAUAAACCUGCAGCACCACAGCAAAUCGAAAGUAAACUUUUAUCUAAACAAGUACCAGCACCAGCUCCAGCUCCAGCUUCAGCUGCUCCUGCUCCAGUUCCUGUUCCAGCUUCAACUUCAGCUCCUACUCCAUCAGCAGUUGAAAAAAUAAGUUACGAUGACAGUUUAUGCUGGCGCGCAUUUCGUGAAGAGCAGAUUCAUUUUGAAAAAGAAUUACAAACAAUUUUAGAACCACAGGUAUUUGACAUUGGCACUGAAGAAGAACGAGAAAAAUUAAUUUUACAAUCUGAACAAGUUAAUAAUUUUAUACAAGAAUUAAAUGAAACGACAAACAGUUUGAGUAAUGAAAUUUCUUAUUUGAAUUCGCUGGUACUCCAAUCGUUUGCUUGGCUAGAGGAAACUAAAUCGAAACAAUCGGGUGGUAAUUUAACCCGAGAUCAUCAUGAUAAAAGUAAAAUAAAUGAAUUGCAACGACGUUUUUCACAUCUACAGACUCAACUAAUCCAAGCGAUGAAAGUUUUAGACUCACGUUGGGCUGAUAACGAGCAGCAAGAAAUGGCGAAAUUUAAAAUUCCCGGUCUGGAAUAUAUCUAUCAAUGUUUGACGAGAUACAAUCAACUUAUUCAGGUAAACAAGAAACGUAUCGAUGAACAGACAAAGAAAUGGAAGUCUCUGUCACGUGGAAAUAAAAUUUCAAGUUUGAAUAAAUCUCUUUCCAAACUUAACAUCAGCUCUAAUUCUUACGGGGGUAAUACUGAAGAUGAUAUGAUUGAAAUGCGUUGCAAAGCCGUCGCUGAUAAUACAAAGAAUUUUACUUUGCAAAAGCAGAAUAAAUUACGUGAGGUUUUGAUGCGAACUGAGCCGCGUGUCAUCAAGAAUAUUAAUCCGUCAAAUGUUCAUGGCAGAUUAGAAGCGACACUUUCAGCUCUGGCACUACAAAGUACUACUCCAAUUACAACUAAGAAAAAAGAUAAAGCCACUCCUGCAGUUGUCUCUUCUCCAGCUGUUACUACUGCAUCUGGUACUUCUGCCCUAACAAAAAUAAUAUUUACAUCAACAGGAGCUUCCACUGAGACAAAGUCAUUAAAACCCGCAACUAAACCUCAGAGUCCUCUUGCAUCACUUAAUAGUAUCGUAGCCAACCUUGGAUCCUCUUCAUUGGACACUUCUGUAAACCAAACUAAAACAUCUCAGCCAUUAAACUUCCCAGCGAGCACAUUUUCAUCAGUAUUUGGAAGCAAUCUUGCGACACCCAAAGUAAAUGACAAAAUAAAUUUAGCUGGUGGACAGACGUUUGUUGUUAAAAAAGUAACCACCCAACCAAACACAACACCUACGCAGUCAGCACCAGUAGCAGCAACGACAGGCUUUUCGAAACCAAUACCAAUUUCUUUUGGUACACCAGAAGCAAAAGCAGAUAAUUCAGCUCCGAAAGAAAAUACAAGCAAACCAGUGAUUACUUUCAAAGCCAAGGAAACUCCAACAACUCCUGGCCAACCGCUGUCUUUAUUCACGUCGAAUAUUCUGGAAACUUCGGUGGCUGGGUUGGGAGCAUCAAAAGUCAGUCAGCCUGUGACGGCAGGACAAAGUCAGCCGACAAAUCUUGGAACCAGUAUGACAUUGUCAUUGAAAAGUUCUCUUCCAAGUCCUGCGACUACCAGCCAACAAACGCUCUUCAGUUUUGCCACUCAGCCAUUGACUACGUCGACUUCAAAACCUGUCACUACGACAGCACUUUCUGAAUCCAUCCAGACUUUCUCGUUUGCUUCGAAACCAAUGGAUGCACCGACUUUGCCAUCAAUGACUGAGCAAUUUUCUGCACCGUCUACUCAAUCACUGGAUCUGUCAAAAUUAUCUAGCGGCCUUUCAUUGUCGAAUUUGGUGGUCGAGAAACCCGCGAGUUCAGUGCCCAGUUCGACUUUCUCAUUUGGCCAACUAUCGAUACCUUCUACGCCGCUUAAUUUUGGAAAAGCUUCUGCUGCAACACCAACUUCAGCUGCUCAACAGUCGGCUGGUAUCAACAUCAAUUUACCAGCUGGAACCACUAUUGAGAAAAAACCGCUUAGUACUACUAGUACACCGUCUACUCAAGCCCCUUCACUAUUUAGUACCUCGCCGUUAUUAUCAUCCAGUAUGUUUGGUGGAGCGACAGCUGGGCAAACUUCAACCUCAAUUUUUGGCGGCAAUGCGGCUGCUGUAACAACAUCCCAAUCAGUAUUACAAGAUAAUAAUAAAGUUACUUCGACAACAGCUGAAAAAACGUCCACAGCACAAUUGUCACAAUUAUCAUUUGGAGAAAGUCAAUCAACAUCAACUAAUUUUUCUAAUGCUGUAUCUAAAUUAUUUGGUAAACCAUUAACACAAACUACAACUUCAACGACAUCACCAUCAUUUUCCCAAUCAGCAGCAGCAACUGGAGCAGCAUCGCCAUUUGCUCAGUCAUCAGCAGCAACUGGACCAGCACCACCAUCAUUUGCCCAGUCAGUGGCAGCAACUGGAGCAGCAUCGCCAUUUGCUCAGUCAGCAGCAGUAACUGGAACAACAUCACCAUCAUUUGCCCAAUCAGCGGCAGCAACUGGAACAACAUCACCAUCAUUUGCCCAAUCAGCGGCAGCAACUGGAACAACAUCACCAUCAUUUGCCCAAUCAGCAGCAGCAACUGGAGCAGCUUCACCAUUUUCUCAGUCAGCAGCAGCAACUGGAGCAGCACCACCAUCAUUUGCCCAGUCAGUAGCAGCAACUGGAGCAGCCCCGCCAUCGUUUGCUCAACCAGCGGCAGCAACUGGAGCAACACCAUCAUUAUUUGGCCAGUCUGGAGCUACAACUGGUGUUACGUCACCGAUAUUUGGUCAAUCUGCACUAUCAACUCCAGCAAAUCCUGUAAAAAUACCGCCAACAACAACAGCACCCAGUUUCUUCGGAGCCCCUCAAAACCAAUCAAUCAGUUCACCAUUCAGUGGCUCUGGUACUUCAUCUUUGUCUUCAAUGUUUGGGGCCGCGACUGUCAACUCUGAACCAGCGGCACCAGGAUCAGGUAGUUCCAUGUUUGGGGGAGGAACGUCCAAUACAUCAACGCCACUCUUUGGAGCAGCUUCGCCCACAGGUACCUCGAUAUUCGGCGGGGGAGCUGCGAAACCCGCGGCCCCAGCGUUUGGAGGCGCACCAACAUUCGGAUCACCAACAGCUCCUGCUUUUGGCGGGACCGCGACUUUCGGCUCAAAGCCUGUUUUUGGUGCUCAGUCAUCAGUGUUCGGUACGUCGAGUCCUUUCGGGGCUGCGCCGGCGUUCGGUGCUAGUCCUUUUGGUUCAUCGAUGCCUGCUAAUCCCCAAGACGGUAACAUGUCAAUGGGCAAUACCACUUUUGAAACAUUAGCGACCCAAAAUGGAGGGCUUUCAUUUAAUAGUUUAGCUCAAAAAAGCCCCACCCAAGACAAACCAGCAUUUUCCGGCGGAAGUUCAUUCACUAGCUGGCGAUAAUUUAAAUACUUAUUUUUCUUUUUAUUUUUUUCUGUCAACUUAAUGUUUAAAUUUGUGAGUUUUUUUUUUUAAUAAGAUUGUGCUCAUGUAAAUAAAAUAAAGUUAUUUGUAUUUCUUUUUUAUUUGUUGUUGUUAUUAUAAAAAAUAUUAAUUACAAUUAAUUAUAUUAUAUCAUAAGUCUUAAUUAAUAUAAAAGAAAAAGAUAUAUAGCUAAAUUUAUACCGCUCGUUUGACGGGUUUAGGUGCGAUGGAAACUUUAGUUGGUUUGCAAAGCUCUAGAAUAUACGGAUCAUCAUUUGGUGAAUAAGUGCAAGCAUUAGAUGAAGACACCAGGAGAGCAAUCGAUACUUCAACGUUGCAAGCCUCCAUCCAGACUUGAUGCGACAACAAGACAGUUGUCUUUAAUCUGUAGUCGGUUCCUUCGGGAUUUUGCGGCCUCAAAUCCGCUUUUUUAGGCAGCAGUAGUUGGACCUGUUGGUCAGGAUGUCGUAAUUUUAUUCUGAUAGUACUCGGGUCACGGAGGUUUAGGAUUUUAGCAGUGAGUGGUAUCCCGAGAAUAAGACCGCCCGUGAAUUUGAGAGCCGCAUCAGCGUCUCCGCGAGGUUCCUCAAUAAUCGCGCGACAUAAUUUAGUAGUGACUGAGGGCCGCGGCAGUCGUUCUUCUCCAUGUGCUGGUGGAGUUGUCAGAAGAGGUAACAGUAACCGUGAUAGAGAUCCAGGUUUAGCAUCCGCCAUGGUAGGAAUUUCCA